AUAUUGUUUUCCUUUUCUUCUGCCGACGGUGAUUUGUUUCCUUUUCGAGGAGCAUUUGUUCUUUAAAUUUGUUAAAAAAUUAUGUCGGUUCAUUGUUCUAAUUGUCAUAACGAUGUGAAAAAAAUUGAUUUAGAUACUGGUAAAGUUGCAAAAGCUCCUCAAAGCACAAAGAAGGCAAUAUUUAUUUUAGUCACAAUAUUCACUCUGUCUGUCGCUGGCUUAUUUUAUUUAUACAAAUGUUUCCCAGAGUUAGAGGAAGAUGAAUUACAGUAUAUCAAGUUACCAACAGAUAUUGAUGAUGCCAAAAACUUGGGGAAAGUACUUGCACGUUACAAAGAACGUUAUUAUUAUACUGUACUGUUUGCAUUUUUCUUGACAUACAUUUUUCUACAAUCAUUUGCCAUUCCAGGCUCCAUAUUUUUAAGUAUAUUGUCUGGAUUUUUGUUUCCCUUCCCUCUGGCUAUAUUUCUAGUAUGUACAUGUUCUGCACUUGGAGCAUCUUUUUGCUUCCUUCUUUCUUCACAAUUGGGAAGGAAAAUAGUGCAGCGCUUUUUUCCUGUACGAGCAGCAGAGUGGUCACGGCAAGUAAGUCCCCAUACCUGA